UUGUAUCACUGGAUGUAUGGGCUCCAUGCUGCGCUGCCAGGGCUGAGUCCUGGGAAUGUGCAGCUGGACCCUGGCUGUUAGUUCUAGGAUUAGAAUCCUGUGAAUUCCCACAAGGAAGGAUUUGGGCCCCCUGGAUGUGCUUUAGGAUGCAGCUGUGGAAGAAGGACCCUGGCUGGCGGUGCUGAAUGAUGUCCCUAUGGAUGCCACCCCCGUGUCCCCCUUGAGAAGAAGACUUCUCCUGCCGAUCGGCACCAUGAUCUUCCUCUGCCUCUACAUGUUCUACUCCUGCACUGGAUCCUGUACCUCCCUGCCCAGCUCCGGCCCCCCUGGACAGCCCGGGCUCCUCUCCCAGCUCCUGCUCAGACCGCAGCCCAGAGCUCCCGGGGAGGAAGGGAGCUCCAUCUCUACCCUGUACAACGGAUCUGGCAGCAAGAAGCUCCCCCAGGCCAUCAUUAUUGGGGUGAAGAAAGGAGGCACCCGGGCUCUGCUGGAGUUCCUGAGAGUGCACCCCGAUAUCAGGGCGGUGGGAGCUGAACCCCACUUCUUCGAUAGGAACUAUGACAAAGGACUGGACUGGUACAGAGAAUUAAUGCCAAGGACUUUGGAUGGUCAAAUCACUAUGGAGAAGACUCCUAGCUAUUUUGUCACCAAGGAGGCCCCAGCCAGAAUUGCGGCCAUGUCCAAGGAUGCUAAGCUCAUAGUGGUGGUGAGGAACCCUGUAACUAGAGUCAUCUCUGACUAUACACAAACCCUCUCCAAACGGCCGGACAUCCCUUCAUUUGACAGCUUGACUUUCAAAAACAGGACUACAGGUCUCAUAGACACGUCAUGGAGCGCCAUUCAGAUCGGUAUUUACGCCAAGCACUUGGAGAACUGGCUCCAGUACUUUCCCAUGAGCCAGAUCCUCUUUGUUAGUGGGGAAAGACUCAUCACGGACCCUGCUGGGGAACUUGGACGUGUUCAGGAUUUCCUGGGCCUUAAGAGGAUCAUUACCGACAAACAUUUCUAUUUCAAUAAGACUAAAGGCUUCCCGUGUUUGAAAAAAGCAGAAGGGAGCAGCAAACCUCACUGUUUAGGGAAAACGAAGGGUAGGACCCAUCCCACUAUCAAUCCGGAGGUGGUGCAGAGACUGCGAGAAUUCUAUAGACCAUUUAAUAUGAAGUUCUACCAAAUGACUGGGCACGACUUUGGCUGGGAAUGAAAGCCUUUCAAAGUCCUAGUGUUAUGUGAAGUAAACGCAUAUUUAUAUAUGUGUAUGUAAAAAUGUACAGAGAUCUAUUUUAUUAUAAUUUAUUUGUAAUUUUUAAGCAAUUAAUUCACUAAGCUGCCUAACCACGCAGUCUCUUGUUUGCCCAUAGUGUUAACAUUCCAUCAAGUUUAACUUAAUUCUGGGCCAGAGAGGAUUGCAUCCAGUUGCAAAUGGUUGCAGAGGACCCCCCAAAGGCAUCUUACGGGUCCGUCCUCCUCAUUAAUACUUCAGCUAAUGGUGCUCUUGAUGCAGUCAUUUACUAUAAAAAAGAAAAGCACAAUGAUGUUGUUAUUUGUUAUGUUUACGGGUAUUUAACUAUUUCUCAAAAUGUCUUUAUUGGGUUCCCUGUGUCAUCUCAACUUCAUUUACUUGAUGAAUUGGGCAUUGUUAGUAUCGAAGUUUUAAAUCCAAUGCUUAGAAGGUUACAGAUACUCAGUGGUAGAUUCCAAACUCCACAGCAGAUGGUAAAAUGUCUAACUGUAUUACUUUCCGGAUAAUCUGGAUUUAUACCACCUAGAAACAACUUUGGGUAGGUGAUCUGAUCUGUUGUGUACUUGUUUUCCAUCAGGAAAGAAGAAACCGAUCCUUACUUGAAAGGUUUUUGGUUUGACAGAUCUUGUUUUCAGAGCUGUGGAACAUCUUGCCUGUCUCACAGAUUGUCCUUAAUUGUAUUCGUCUAUAAUAGCCACAAAAUUGAGAAAUUCUGUUUGUAGCCCUAACACGAAUUAGGAAAGUGCUAUGACAACAUCCUAGCCACAAAGGUGACCAGACCUUAAGAAUCUACCAAUCAAAAACAUCCGUAAGGGUGUCAAAGUCUGUUUUUGAAAGUUUUUGUUAAUCAUAGAUGAGAAUUGGGACCACAGCCACAGAGACUAGAGGAAAGCCCUAAGUAAUGUCCAUGUCUUCCAGUAGCAAAAAGAAAAAUGGAACUUUACUGAAAUUUAGAAAGUAACAGUAAUUUUGUUUAUGCAUCCAUUUUAAGAGACUCAACUUAUGUAUUAUAACGCACCCGUACAACCAUCUAGAGUAGUCAACUCAGAACCAUUACAUACAUCUGAAAGGUGUUGGAUAGAGGUUGUGUUACAAAGUUUUAGUACACAAAUCAUAAAAUGGCCUAAAUUAAGCCAGGGUGCCUUGAUGUUUACAUUUGUGUAGUCAUCCUGCACUAGAAGGGUGGCCAAACGUUAGACCCCAGCUGUUGUAGUUCUACCAAUAGCAAGAUGCUCUGGCAGCUUUAAGGCUGCAAAGGGUACAUAGGGGUGACAAUUUUAUCCUUCCUACAUUUCAGUGCCACAUAACUUUGCACAUUGUCUGUGACUCCUAAUAUGAGGAUUAUUGGCUGUUGUGAUCUUGCCUUUGUUACCUAUCAAAAACCCAAGGAAAUAGCCAAGAGUAACUUUGUUUUAACUCAUGUUUAUUGAUGGCUAGUUAGCAUUUUUAUUCACUGCUGCUAAAAAUGUUGUUUUUUUUGUUUGUAUUUUUUAAAUUAAAAUGGCUAUGCAGAUAUCCGUAGAAAGUGUUUUUAAGGGGACUUGAGCCAUAAUGAAAGCAUUUGCUUAUAUUGAAUAUCUAAUGUUCUAAUUCACAAGCCUUAUUAAUUUCUAGACUUCCGAAAAGGUGCAGAUAUAAGAUCGGCGCUAGUGAUCAUUCUUCAAAAUACUGUCCUACUCAAUAUAUCCCGAUAAAAAUGCUUAAGCACAUGUUUUCAUUAUGGCGUGGGUUCCCCAAUUAAUAUACACAUAUUCAAACACGGCAAACAGGUGAAAAUGCUAUGCUAUUUUGCCUACAAGGAUGGAGCCGUGACAAAAGUGUAAUCCAAGUCCUACUCAGUUCAACCAGCUAUUCAGUAUUCGGGCCUGGUUACCGUGGAGACACAGCCAAUUCAUAGGUUUUGGAGUCAAGAGUAGCAAAGGCUUUGUCACGGACCUCCAUCUUUAAGGCCGAGAAAUGUGGUUAGUUUUUUUCGCACAUAUGAUAAAAUUGGCUGAGUUUUAUUCAGUCAGGUUAUACAAAUUCAUAUCUAUUUUAUUGCUUUCCUCUCAGUAACCUGUUUCUUUAGCAUAGCAAAUUUAUAUAUAAAUAUAUAUAUAUAUAUAUAUAUAUAUGAGAAGAAAUUAAAAAUGUAAGAAAAAAAAAAAGAACACAUGCAAAACAGAAAAGGUGUACAAUGUAAAACAAGUAUUUUGUGGUAUGUACAAUUUAAAAAAAAUAAUUUUACACAGAAAAAGAGGUUUUUAAAGAAUAUCGCAUUCUGAAAAUUCAUACUAUGUCUUUGUAAGAGCAAAUAAAACUAUAUUU